CCCAGCAUGCGGCCCAAGUGGCCUAGCAGCCCAGAACUUGCUGAGUAGGAUGGAUCGCACAAGUGGCCGAAGCCGAACCCGCGCCACCUGCACGGGCCGCAUAGGCGCAUACAUGCUACCCUAUCACGGAGCGAGCGACUAAGCCAACACCGUCGGCCACUAGCACGAAUCCGCCGCACCGGCCAGUCCGGCACCAGGACCGCAGACCGCCGGCAGGCGAAAGCUUCAUCAGUGGUCGCCUGGUCGGUGCCUGUUGGCAUCGAGGCCGGAGGCCCAAGGACCGGACUUAACAACAAACAUGAGACGCGUCGUCGUCUCCGCGCGCCGCGCCGCCCGCCACAGCUGCCGCCUCUGCUCCUCCUCGGCGUCGGAGGCGUGGGACGGGCCGUCCUUCCGGCUGCACAAGCGGCGGGGGCAGCACCUUCUCACCAACCCGCGCGUCCUCGACGCCAUCGUGCGCCGUGCCGCGAUCCGCCCGGGCGACGCCGUCCUCGAAGUCGGCCCCGGCACGGGCAACCUCACCGUGCGCCUCCUGGCCUCCCCUGCCGCCUCCGUCGCCGCCGUCGAGAUCGACCCGCGCAUGGCCGCCGCUGUCGCCGCCCGCGCCCGCGACCUCGGCCUCGCGCACAAGCUCACGGUGACCACGGGCGACGCCAUGAAGGUCGACUUCCCGGAGUUCGACGCCUGCGUGUCCAACAUCCCCUACGCGAUCUCCUCGCCGCUAACCGCCAAGCUGCUGUUCGGCUCCUACCGGUUCCGGACGGCGACGCUGCUGGUGCAGAGGGAGUUCGCGCGGCGGCUCGUGGGCGCGCCGGGCCACGGGGAGCACAACCACCUGGCCACCAACGUGCGCCUGGUCGCGCACGUGAGCCUGCUCAUGGACGUGAGCAAGAACGACUUCGUGCCCGUGCCCGGGGUGGACUCCUCCCUCGUCGAGAUCCGGAUGAAGGAGGUCCGGCCGACGGAGGUGGAGCCGGGGAUCAGCCUCGACGAGUGGCUGGAGUUCGCGCGCGUGUGCUUCGGACAGCACCAGCUCCAGCAGCAGCAGGAGAAGAAGAAGAAGAGAAAGAAGAAAGAGAAGACCCUAGGAACCAUCUUCAAGCAGAAAGAGAUGGCCAUGGAGCUCUUCAGGCUGUCUCGGAUAGAUGAAGAACGCAUCGGCAAUGCCAGUAGCAGUGGCCGCGAUGCGCCUCAUGACGUAAACAAUGCCGAUGAUCGCUGUGAUGAAGAAGGUGAUUUCAGCAAGGAAGAGUACGUGGUGUUCAAGGAGAGGAUUGCUGGAACAUUGCAGUCGGCCAAGCUCAACAACGAAAGACCAUCGAUGCUGUCCAAUGACGACAUGUUGAGGUUGCUCCGCUUGUUCAUCAAACGGGGGGUGCGGUUCCAUUAGAGCACAACCUCCUUGUACUGCACUAAAUAUUCUCAUAAUAAAUGUUUGCGUCGCUGCUCGA